AUGCAUGCGAGAAUCAACGCGACGUUGUAUAGCGUUCGCGAAAUCUUUUGGCGAAUCGACGGUCGCAAUACGACAAGACAUAUCAUCCGUCAAUGCGUGAAAUGCUUUCGAACGAAGCCUCGCGAAUCAGAAUAUAUUAUGGGGAAUUUACCGCAAAAUAGAGUGUCAUUCUUUCGACCAUUUGUUAAUAUAGGUGUGGAUUAUUGUGGACCCUUUUUUAUCAAAGAAAGACGUCACAGGAAUGUCACGAUAGUCAAAACUUAUGUCGCCGUUUUCGUAUGUCAGGCCACUAAGGCAGUUCAUUUAGAGUUGGCCAGUGACUUGACGACAGGAGCCUUUCCGGCUUGUUUGAAACGAUUUUUUGCUCGGCGAGGAAGAUCGCAGUCUAUAUCCUCAGAUAAUGCUACUAAUUUUGUAGGCGCAAAUAAAGAAUUGCGCGAACUAUAUAAAACAAUCCAAUCUAUUGAAAAUAACAAAGGAAAAAAAUCAUGUUUCGUCAAAAAUGGGAUUUUUGGGCAUUUCAUUCCACCCAGGGCUCCCCACUUUGGAGGUCUAUGGGAAGCUGCGGUAAAAUCAUUUAAAACACAUUUUACAAAAGUUUCCGGUACCUCGCUUUUAACGUAUGAACAAUUGCAUACUUAUGUUGUCGAGAUUGAAGCAAUCCUCAACUCACGCCUUUUAACACCUCUGUCGUCUCAUCCAGACGAUCUCCUUCCUUUAAACCCAGGUCAUUUUUUGAUUGGAACCCCUCUGACCACCCUUCCACAAGCAGACUUGCGUAAUGUUUCAGUCAACAGACUAUCCUGCUGGGAACUAGCCCAACAAAUGCGUCAUCAAUUCAGGGACAGGUGGCACAAGGAGUAUCUUAAUGAACAGAUAGCACGCAGUAAAUGGAAGACAUCUUCAAACCAGGACAAUGUCAAAAUUGGCACUCUAGUCGUUAACAAGGAAGAUAACAUUCUGUCCAUGACUUGGAAACUUGGCCGAAUCACGGCAAUCAAUCCAGGUUCAGACGGAGUAGUUCGAACCGUGACAGUUAGAAGUCCAUCAGGCCUGUAUAAGCGAGCACUAAAAUGCUUACAUCCACUUCCGAUUGAUCACGAGUGA